AUGUCAUUUAAACUGCAAUCAGAAAAGAAAAAGGCUCAGGAUGAAAUGCGAAAGUUAAUGAUUGAGCGAAAAAAUAAGGAUAAAAAGCCAAUACAGAUUCAAAAUCCUUUGGCCAAGUAUAAUAGUGCUGGACAGUUGAUGUGUAUACUAUGCUCAUCAAUAGUACGAUCAGAGCAUGUUUGGCAAGUACAUGUAAACAGUAAACAGCACAGGCAAAACAUUGAAGAAGCUAAAAAACUCAAAGAGAAAACAAAAAACUUUACAGAUGGUAAAGUUAAAAAGAGGGUAUCUAAUUCAACCACAGAAGCACCGCAGGAAAAGAAACUAAAAAGUAUAUUAAAGAAUUCUGGUGACAGUGUGCCCACAGCCUUAAAACCUAAAAAUGAUGCACCUAUAAUCUAUUCACAUCAUGAUGAACAAAUUAAAAGGAAACCUCUAAAUAGUACAACUGCGGAGAUAACAGAAACAGCUAAAGAUAACAAUGAGAAGAGAAAGGAAGAUGAAUCAAAACCAAAUGCGCCAAUACCAGAGGGUUUUUUUGAUGAUCCUGUUUUGGAUGCUAAGGCCCGGAAUAUAGAAUAUAAAGAUCCAGUAGAAGAAGAGUGGGAAAAGUUUCAAAAGGAAAUAAAAGAAGAAGCUACUACUUCCGCUGAAAUAAUAGCUGGGGAGCAGGAGGAAGCUACUGCUGAAAGACAAAUUGACGAAAUUGAUGAACAAAUAAGGAAUUGGUCUAGGGUUUUGGAUCUUGAGUUGAAAAAAAGAAGAAACCAAAAAGAAAAUUACAGAAAUCGAAGCAAUGAAUGA